AUUUAUAAAAAAAAGAAACUUGAUUAAAAGUCAUCGGCUAGAAAUCAGUGGACGGGCGUAAUUCAAACGUAUCUGCCACAUGGUGAUGAAGGCAGUGCUGGUCGUACUUUCAGUUUUGGCCGUGUCCGCUUGGGCUGGCCAGGCUUGCACCCGCGAAGGGGAAAAGACACCUGUCCCGGGCAGGUGUUCUUACUACACCUUCUGCGAAAACGGGACGACGACACUGCAGAAGUGCGGUUUCGGGAAAAAGUUCAGCAACGAGACCCUGAACUGCGAAUGGUUCUGGAAAGUCAACUGCAAAGACUGGGCGUCGGAAUGCGAGGACGGAUUGCUCUACAACCACCCGACCAGUUGCCGGGCCUAUUAUUCCUGCUAUGGCAAUCGGCUCAGAGUCGAAUACUGCCCGUUCCUGUACUCUUUCAACGGGGAAGAAUGCCAGUUUUUAGCUUCAUGCCCGAAGGGUGAUGAAUGCGUGGGAGAAGAAAUCAGAGCGGCAGAUUGUAAUAGUUAUGACGUGUGUGUAAAAGGCAAAUGGGUUCGAAAAAGCUGCGGGUUCCAAAGGACCUUCGAUUUUGUUGCAAAGAAAUGCGUUUUUGGAAGCUGUUCAAAAUGCGAUCCUGGAUUGAAGCAGACUGUCGAUGGGAGCUGUCAUAAGUACAAGGAAUGCGAUGGUAACGAGUUCGUCGAGAAGACCUGUGGCCUGGCAAAGAUAUUCAAUUCGGCGACAGGCUCGUGCGACUGGUUUUUUAACGUGUACUGCCACCCUGCGAACAACCAGUGCUCUGGAAAUUAUUCUCUUUGCGCCGAUCCCACUUGCAAAUCAUACCACGUCUGCGAAAACGGCAAACUGAAGACUACGAGCUGCGGGUUUCUGGAGAAGUACGACCAGAAAAAGGGCAGCUGCGUUCUGUUGGCCCUGUACGAAGACUACAGCGGUUACGGACAGCAAUGCCAAGAGGGCACCCUACAGCCUGAUUCGGAUUGUUCCAAGUUCCAGAAAUGUGUCAAAGGGAAAUGGCGUACCAUGAGUUGCCCCAAAUAUCAGGCUUUCGACGCUCACAUGAAAAUGUGUCUGUUCCAGGAUGAGGCGCAGUGCAGCGAGACAUCCUGCCUCGAAAAUCAUGUUUACGUUGAUAAAUCGGAUUGCUACAAAUACUAUAAGUGUAUCAACCACAAGAAAGUCUUGACGCCAUGCGGUGUGCUUCAAUAUUUCAAUCCAAAGACCAUGCAAUGCGUGGUGUACAAUCCGUUUUCACCGCCGGAAUGCGACAAAUUGCAGUGUCAGGAAGGCGUUAUGAGAGCAACAAGCGAUAAAUUCGUCUUCGAACAGUGCCAGAAUGGCGAAUGGUCCAAACGGGACUGCUUCACCGGUUUCGACUCAAAGACCGGCCCGAAGUGCAAGGACGGUGCGAGGAAGUCUGCGGAAAACGAGACGGAGUACUACGAGUGCGAGAACGGACUCUGGAGGCUCCAGCGAUGCCCUCCUGAAGCUGUACGUUUCGACGUGGAGUCCGGCAAAUGCGAGGCCAAGAGGGAGAAAAGAGAUGCCGGUUGCGCCAAGGGGACAAAAAU